CUUUAGAUCUAUUGAAAAGUCUGUCUUCCUAAUUUGCCAGUUGCUUUUACUCUUAUCUCACCUUGAUGCAUCUGGUAUGAACUUCCUCUAAUAUAAGGAAAGCAUGCAAAGGAAAGGAAAGUGAAGAAACAACCUGAAAAGAGGGUGUGAUCAAGAAUACAACCAUGCCAUUAAAUUAAAAAAGAGGAAGGAGAGAAAAGAAGGCACAGAACCAAAGUUGGGUCAAAAAUCAACCUGAGAAAAGGGUGAAAGACAGACUGUGUGGUCCAUCAAUAUUAAAAGGUUUCCAAAUGACAGAUUAUUCAGCUUUCUUCAUUUUGCAUUUCCUUCUAUGCCAUCUUCACCCAUCCCUUUCAACUUCACAUUGCUUCUAUGUGAAGGAUAAUAUACUAGAGUGGGUUAAAAUCAAUACAUCAACAACUCAUCUAUACCUGAAUAACUGUGAUGUGAAAAACAUAGUGUACGGUGAGAGUGAUCUGCCGAAACUGACAUUACUCAACCUGUCUUCUAAUCAAAUAGAGAGUUUACCUGAUGGGUUCCUCUUUAAUACCUCCCAAAAAGUAACUCUCUACUUGGAAGACAAUAAACUGAAAAAUCUACCACGUUCAAUUCUGGAAAACGAGAAACUGACAAUAUGUAGCCUGGACUGCCUCUAUGAUGUUAAGUUCAAUACUAAUAUUUCUAUCUGUGAAGACAUUUUAAGAAAAUGUGGAAAUGAUUCAGGACUUGUACUUCUCAUUGUAUUUCUCUUGCUUGCAAUUCUAGUCCUCGGUGCCCUGGGCUUGACCUUGUUUUGGAAACACCGCCAUUAUAUAAGUAAUGUUGCCCUGCCAAGGUUUUUGCACAAGAAAAAGGAUCAGAAUGAGUCUGAUUCACCUCAUAUACCAUGUACCCUCGCUGAAUAUGUUGAUGCAAAAAGCUUUUCACCAUUCCAAAUAAAAGAUGAGCCAUCUCCUCUGUCCAAAGGUGACAUGGACCAUAAUUAUGAAAAUAUGGCAAUAGGCUCAAAGAGCUGUGCAGAAGAAUGUUUGACAGAUCUUUAUGAAAAUACAGCCCAAUUCAAUUCUGAGGAGCAUUUAUAUGGAAAUGAAUCUUCACCUGAAUAUUAUAAUUUCCAGAAACCUCAUUUUCCCCAAACUCCUUCAGAUGUAUAUAUAUAUAUUCUUCCGGAUUAAUAAUAAUGAUUCAUGUCAUUGAAUUUCUCUUGGAAAAAUAAA